AGUCUGGCGCCGAGUGGACGGAGUGGUUGUGUCUCGUGUUUAUAUUUGUUAGGAUUUUGGUUGGUUUUUUCAGCUUUUUUUAAAUAAAAAUGAGAGGUAAAGGUGGAAGACGUGGUGGUCGAGGUGGCCAUAUACCCCAAGCAUUUUUUAGACCUGCCCCUGGACAGAAAUUUGUGGUUACACAUUCACCAUUUGAUCUUUUUAAGGCAUCAGGUGCAUUUCAAAGAGCUGCUCCAGAGGCUGAUGAAUCUGCUUUGACCCAGGCUCUCUUAAAACGAAACCAGGAACUUACACAGUCUUCACAUGAACAGGCAGCUGUGCUAAACAUGGUCACAAAAGUAACAGAUAUGAUUGACAUACUUAUUGUCAGUCCAGAUGCUGCAGAGUUGGGCAUUGAAGAAGUUCGACCAGUUGGUUCAUAUAAGAAAGGCACAAUGUUGGCAGGUCAUCCUAUUGCUGAUCUUGCUGUUAUACUUAAAAGAUUACCAACCAUUGAAAGCAUACAACAAGUUGCAGACAGAAUUCUGAUUGGACUGAGAGAACCAAGUUUAGGUUUGGAUGAAGUCACCCUUCAGGUUAAUGAAGGAGGUUUUAACUUAAGUUCUGGCGGUGUCGUCGUGAGAAUAUUGAUAACGACUUUACCAAAAAAUCUUCGGGACGCAAAACCAGAUACACACGUCGACGUAAAACUCCUUGAGGGUGCAUUAGCAACGAUACGACACUCGAGAUGGUUCGAGGAAAAUGCUUUCCACACGACAGUUCGAAUUUUGGUCCGAUUACUGAAGGAUAUGAAAAACAGAUUUAAUACAACCGGCUUGCAAGGCCUUACGCCCUGGUUGAUCGACCUUCUGGCACACAGGGCAACAGUUUCGGUGUCAAAUGAACCUGUCACAAUCAACGUCGCGUUCAGACGAGCACUGCAGUUAUUGGCGUCGGGACUAUUCCUUCCAGGAUCUAUUGGUAUUAUCGAUCCUUGUGAGUCUGGAAAUGUCCGAGCUCACAGUGUACUAAGCUUGGAAGAACAGGACGCCAUUGCCACGUCUGCUCAAACUCUCCUACGAUGCUUAUCCCAUGGCGCUGUUAAAGAGGUUCUUGGCUCGGUAUCAGAAGGUGUUCCUUCCGUUGCUGUGGAUUCGGAGGUGACGAGCUGGGGCGGUGUUAUCGUCACACCCGGCACGAAAGCUUACGAAAAGGAAGAGAAACCAGAGGAGGGUGAGACGAUGGAGAGCGAAGAAUCUGCUGAAACCUCGGGGGAGGCAACGAGCGAGAACCCCACCUCUGAAACCCCCACUUCUGCCGAGGUAGAAGACGCCGAAGCUGAAGAAAAAAUGGAAACAACGGCUUCGUGAAUUGAGUGAUUUUACGAAUACAUACUGCAAAUAUUAUCGUGAUCAUUCUAGCCUGUCAAUUUUGCGUCGACAAACUAUACACUAGACUUCACUUGUGUUUUAUGCUAAAUUUUAGUUUGGAGUGAACGUAUUGUAAAUUAAACUGUAGUCGAGACACCAUCCUCAGUACUUUUCGAUGUCUUUUAGUAAUCAAUUUGUCAGAUUAUAAGGAUACUACACAAUACUGUAGUUCAUGGGUGACAAUUCGUGUUCAGAAUCGGGGUUUCCACCAUCGAUUUUGCAGCAAAAGACUGAGCUUUGUAAGAAUGAAUAAUAACUAUUUAUCCGGAAUUUUGUGUGGAUAUUUCCGUAGAUUGUGGUAUCUAUGGAUUGUGGAAACUGCACAAGACCAGAAUAAACAAGAAUAAACCAGUAAGAGGCACCUGGACGUAGUUCCAUAUAUCGACUGGCUUGAUAACCAACGAGGAAGUUCUCAGAAAUUCUCCAAUAAUUGGCCAACUGAAAAAGAAAGAUGAAAUCAAAGAACCAGUUCAAGUCGAAACAAUCAAGAAGCCACUUUCGAA